UCAGAUGUCUUAGUCGAAGAUGUGAUCUAUUUUUCUGUUUGUUUUUUUUUCUGGCAGAAUGUAUUUAUUGGCUAAAAAUUUUACGAUUGUAAUAUGUGCUCAUUAUUUCAACUGGAUGUCGUUUUAUUUAACGGCAUUGCCAUAUAACGUACCUUUUUAUAUUUUGAGAUAUUUUCUGGAAGUGAAUGAUUUGAAGAUUGAAAAUAUCAUUUUGUUUUUAAUAUCAGUGUUUUUGGCUCGGCACAUGGGAUGUAUUAAGUUGAUUUUUACCAUUGCGGAGGGUUUGUUCCUGUGGAGAUUUAUUUUGGAGAGCAGCAGUCUGUUCUAUCUGUGAUCUACAAUGAGUGCCAAGUCUGCAAUUAGCAAAGAAAUUUUUGCCCCACAUGAUGAAAGGAUGCUGGGAGCUGUCCAAGUGAAAAGAAGAACGAAGAAAAAGAUUCCUUUUCUGGCUACUGGGGGUCAGGGUGAAUAUUUAACAUACAUCUGCCUGUCAGUGACAAACAAGAAACCGGCUCAAGCAUCUAUUACGAAGGUCAAACAGUUUGAAGGUUCCACGUCCUUUGUCAAGAGAACGCAGUGGAUGCUCGAGCAGCUUCGCCAGGUCAAUGGUAUCGACCCUAAUCGGGAUUCCCCAGAAUUUGAUUUACUGUUUGAAAAUGCUUUUGACCAAUGGGUAGCAAGCACAGCCUCAGAAAAAUGCACGUUCUUUCAGGUUCUUCAUCACACUUGUCAGCGGUACCUUACAGACAAGAAACCAGAAUUUAUCAACUGUCAAUCUAAAAUUAUGGGAGGUAACAGUAUACUCCAUUCAGCAGCAGACAGCGUGACAAGUGCAGUACAGAAGGCAAGUCAAGCUUUGAAUGAGCGUGGUGAAAGGUUAGGUCGAGCAGAAGAAAAGACAGAGGAGCUGAAAAACAGUGCACAGCAGUUUGCAGAAACUGCACACAAGCUUGCCAUGAAGCACAAAUGUUGAGAUACUGCCCAAAGUCAAAACCUUCCCAAGAGGAACUGAAAAGCUAGGUUCAGCAAUUCUUACAGGAGAAUCCACACUUCCACGAGCUUUUUCCUUCCAAUUCAGUGGAGAUAAGUUUUUUUUUUUCAGUUUCUGUGCCAGAAAAAAUGUUAUAUUUUUACCUUUUAGGUUUUUUUUGGUUCUUUUUUUGUAAGAUUGCUACACAAUCCUGCAGUACUUCCAGCCUAUGUUUCAGUUAUUACGGGAGUUAAAGCAAACAGGGGAAGUGGACCAAACGAUAAGCAGAUCAAUGUUAAACUAGGAAUAAUCUUCCCCCAUGCUCUUUCCUGAUAUUGUACAGGAAAAUAUUAAACUCGCUGUGGAGGUGUGCAUGGAAAUAAAAUGCAAAGAAAAGUUAUACUUUUUUUCUUUUCUGUAGCAUUAGCAGAAUGUGAAUGUUGGGAUUAAGCACCUGAGAUUGUAACUAUAGAGGAGAAUAGACUGCUUUGUUAUGGGAAAUAGAAACGCUCCUCUUCCCAGUGUAGGAACUUUUGCAUGUGCCAUUACCAGCAUUCAGAAGUGUGUAUCUGUGGGAAUUGCAUAGGGAAAUCUGUUACUGUGCUGCAUUUUGAACAUUUAUAUUUUACCUUCCAGAUGGAUUGUAUGAAUUGUAUGACAAACCUAGAGAAUGUAUGCUUAAGGUCUCCAAGUUCUGAGGAAAAUGUGAUUUUUACAUCUGUGCACGCAUCGUUGUGCCUCAAACUCAAUCUAGAAUUUAGCAAUGUGGUAAAAUAAUAACAUUUCAUUUUCUUUAUGCCUGUGAUUCCUUGCUUAAAGGCUUCCAUACAAAUGAAAAUGCACCAUUUUCUGAGUCAUCUGUUUUGCAUAAAUUCAACAGUAAGAUUUUUUGGGAAAGAAUUCAGAAAUAUAUCUGGUUAGAAUGAGUUGACUUUUGUGUUAGCUAGUCCUCUGAUUUUUAAGAUAGAGGCUUUGAAAAAGCAUGUCUUAGUGCAUUAGAAUUGUAACAUCUAGUGUAGGUCUCAGUUUUCAAUAUAUAUUAUCACUGGAAGAGUGGCUGCCUACUGAUGUUCCUCUUACAAAAGUAAGUUGUUUACUCUUCCAUGACAGCUGUAUUCUUAACAUUGAUUAAGAUUACUUAUUUACUUCUAGAAUUGAAAAAGAAGGGGGAGGGGCAUGUCAUAUACUUUUUUUUUUUUUUUUUAAAUCAGUAAGCUGAAACAGAAAUUCUGGGAGAGGUUUCAGCCUUUGUCUUUCAAAGAUACGUGCUCUUUAAAAUCAAUGCACUCCAGAAUUUUCUGUCAUCACCUGACUGAAGAGCCAGAGAGCUGGCAUUAUCUGAAUGUACUGUAGUUUUCAUUUUCAUUGUAGAAUAAGAUUUUUUGCAUUAUUAAUGACACUUUAAACAAUCUAAAAUCCUCAGAGCAGUGCUUGGAAUAGAGAUGAAAGCCUUUGUAGUAACUGAGAAUAUUUUAGUUGCUGCAAGCUGAAGUAGCUGAAAAUCUCUCUUGGAAAUACCCAUAUCGUAAGAAGAUGCUUGGCUUUAGGAAAACAGUUGAACUAAAUACAUCAACUACUUCAAACUAUUGCAAAUUUUGCAUCAAUUUUUUCUGUAAAUUAAACUAUUUGAUAUCAAGCUUUUUUCUAAUUUCAUACUGAGAUUGAGAGAAAGAGGAAAUUCAUCGUCUAUGUAGUACCAAACAAUCAUUUCAGGGUCACCUCUAGCAGUCGUUGCAACCUGCACUGACAACUGAAGGAGAAUUUGGCCAGCUGUAUGUGUCUUUUAAGACUGGAGUUCUGAAUACUCAGUUGAGCUACUUAAAAUUAAUGCUUGCCCUGGAAAUGUCGGUAGCUUUCUGAGAAAAAUUGCAAUGAAUGUGGAUAUUUCUGCAAAUUAACAAGCAUGAUUGUCUCUUUAUUAGAAAUUAAAUUUCUGCUACAGACAAAAUGUUAGACUAUUUUUUUAAAAAUAGUUGUAUUAGAAUUCAGUCAGGUGCAUUUUUGACCACACAGCUGUCUUCUGUCAUCAUCUUUUCUACUUUACGUAGUUUUUAACUAUAUUCUUGGUGAUUCUGCUGCUAACUUAACCUAGGUGUUUCUGCUGGGAGAAAGAACAGGCUUUGAACUGCUGCCAUCUAGCUGGUCCUCUAAGCUUGUCAGUAAUUCAGAAAAAAUAUCUAACCUCCAGAUCAGAUAAACCUGGGAAGAAUAGUUGUCUAAAUUCAGAUAAAAAGGUAUUUUCAGGUGUUUACACGUUUUAAUAUCAGCUGGACAGGUCAAGUUCACAGUUGCACUGCUAAGUUCCAGACGUUUUGUGGAUUGAACUGUUCUAAAACAUUAUUUUAGUCCCAUUGACAAUUUUGCAACAUUGUUUUUGUAUAUCUUCCUGUUUGAGUUUCAUGUGUUACAUAUCAUAACUCAGGACUUUUCUCGAGCCAUCAAAAGCCAAUUGCUACGGGAAUUUUCAGUAACUAGUGAUAUUGAUAAAGAAAAAGGAAUUUACUUGUGUUUUUUAUGUUGUUCUUGCUAUUCAUUAAACUACAAGAUUUGAUGUUUUCUAGAAAAAUUUCAAAGAUGUGUACUAACAUCUAUCCAAAGGCAAAUCUUCAAGCAUUGCAAUUUCCUCCUGGAACUUAGCUUGUAGUGUAUACAACAUAGUAUUGUUAGAUAUCCAUGUACAUAACAUACAUAUACAUAAUUCAGGAUGAUGUUUCAUAUUAAAGAAUGUAUUUGUAAAUUGUAACAAGAUCAAUAGUUUCCUUAUCUUUUUAAAGUUCUGCAAAGAAUAAAAAAAUGCGUUGUUAGACUUGAGACUACUGUACUGCAAAAUCUGUCUUAAAAGGCUACUUUUGUGUCUAGCAAAAGUUGUGCAUUAUGUGAAAUAUUAACAAACGUGCUCUCUAAAAAGUGAUCUUAAAGGUAGGUAGGUUCUGCUAUAAUAUGCCAGUAUUGUAAUAUUUGCUGAUAUUUGUUGUAACAUAUUCCUCAGAAGUUCUCAAAGAUGUAGAAAUAAUUUUGUGCCAUUCUGGAAAAAAGUGGGACCUGCUCUGUUGAGUCUUACUGGAAACCCUGAUUUUGUCAUUAAAUACUUUGACUGUGAAAUAAAAAAAAAAAAAAAUUGUCCUUGGAUUAUUUUCAAAAUAUUAAGGCCUUGUCGAUAACAUUUUUCUAUUUCACUUUAGCAGAAUUGAAUAAAAAUUAGUUUCCACUGGAAUGAUGAAAAUUUUCUUUAGAAAGAAUGCAGUGUGGUAUUUAAAAAAAAAAAAAAUAAUGGGAACUACUUUGAAGAGUUUUGUGUCAAAGCAGAUUCUGGACAAUGGUUAGUACAGGUUUAAGUUGUCUUCCUUCCUAAAGGCUAUACUGUUCAGAAAAUUCUAUGUUAAUUUCCUUUUGAUUUGCUAUAAGAUGUUUGUUCUCUAAUUAUUGUUUUCUUCUGUUCAUCUAAUUUUAUUGAUAAAUUUUUGUCAAAGAGAAAGCAAUCCUAAUAGCUUUAUGGGAAUAAAACUAUAAAGGCUGAAUUCUUACAUUUUACAUACAGAGAGGCAAUUCCAUAGAUUUAAAUGAGGCCGUAUAUGGAAGAAUCAUAUUGAUCAACAUGAAUAAAAAUCCGAGAACUAAUUCUGCAAUUUGUGUUUUUAAGACUAAAUGCCCUAAGAGCCUCAUCUGAAAAAUGCCCUGAUGACAAAUAUUGUGAAAUGAUUAAAUUAUUUUAGUUAUUUUGUGAAGUUUGCUAGAGUGCAUGUUAUUAAUCUGAUAUGAACACGUGCCAAACUCCCAAACUGUAUAAAGCUUCUAUUCAAAAAAUAAUGGGUCUCUGAUGAAUACUCAUUGCUUGAUCAGAACAGCACUUUAGUAUAAUUGGAUAGUACCUAACAGGGCUAUGUUAAUUUACCUAACGUAAAGCAAUUUUCUUCCAUCCUUAUAGUACAUUUAUCCUAUAAGAAUGGAAAAAGAAAAUGUCUCGUUCAUUUUCUGAGUUUUUCUUGGAUCUAAUUCAUCAUAUUGAUAUUUUGUCUAGCUCUCAUAAUUUUUACAAAAAAUCAUCAGCCAAUAGUCAUUAAGACUUACGUCCUCUCAAGAUUUAAAUCACUGUGUUAUUUUUUCAAAAUUAGUCCCUCAUGGAAGUGUUCAGGUAUCAGUGGCUAAUGGUAUGAACUAGUAUAAAUGCUAGUUUUUCCGAUAAUUCUGAAAACUCAGCAUCUGUCUCAGCACGUAAACUCAGGGAUUUCUAUUAUGCAUCAUCUGAAAGUACUGUAUGAUCUAAAAUGAUUAAAAUGUAUUAGUUUUUUUUUUUUAUUUGACUGUUGUUUCUUUUUCAUCUGCUGUUAUCUCAUGCAAUCCAUCUUGCAAAUUCUGGAAAGAGUUUUAAAGAUUAAUAGGAUAGUAGCUAGCUUUCACGGGGAUUCGUGAUUUCUCUCUAUUUUCACAAUGACUGAAAAACUCCAAACUGAGGGCAGAUGUACCAUUUCAUGGAUGCAUAGUAUGGUGGACCUACAGUGCUAAGGCCAAGUGUUCUACUCUGCUGUUGGAAAAGGUAUAAAAAUAACGUUGUUAGCUAGGAAAUUUGGAUGGCUUUAGAAGUUAAAGAGGUGACAUCUAACCAAAUUCUAACUAAUGUUAAUGUCGCUGCUAAAGAUGCAAGGAGGAAGAGUUCUCUUCUAUCGUAAGUUUUCUCUUUUGAAUUGAAUAGAAAGUAAAUAUGAGAAAGAUAAACUAGAAGAUUUUGAAAAUGUUUCAUAUUAUAUUGAAAUGAAAAUCUUUUCCGUAUGCAACUAAAGUUAAUCAACCCAUUAUUUUCCAGACAAAUCAAUGAGUAAUGAUUUUUAACUAUUCCAGAGAACAGAGAUGCAGUAAAGCUCCCUAUGGAGUAGCAUGGUCAGACUAUUAGGAUUGCCACAAAACAUCCAUUUACCUGUCCAAAGCAUUAAAACUUUAAUGAGAAUCUCUUUUCAAAACUUUUACUAGUUUUAUUAAACACAGCAUCCGUUAACCUUUUAAGAUAGCUGUAAGAUUCUUGGUGCUGUAGGCGUGGUUGGCACUCUGAUAAAAGGCAUUUAGCUUUGAUAAUAGAAGAGAGAUUUUUAGCUCAACCUGAAACAUCCAAUAUUGCUUUUAGAGAUAAGAAGCAGUCUGCAUGCUGCAAAUCAGCAGCAGCUCAUUCUGAAGUGAAGGUGGGCAGAAGGAGGGAAGGCUCUAGAAUUGGAGGCUUCUGGGUCUCCACUUGAGCAAGUCAGAAAGGGUGAUAAAGUGACUGUCCAGUGAGCUCUGUGUGACGAUGCAGCUCCCAAGACAGAGAACAGCAGUGACGGAGCACUUGCCAUUAUUACUUUCUCACAACUGGUUGAAGGAUCAUCUGCAUUUUUAACAGCCAGUUCUACCAAACUGUAUUCAGGAUGGUCUUGAGGUGUUUUAAACCUAUGUAUAUAUACAGAAAUGAGUACCCUUGCUUUUAUCUUACCUUUUCAUUUCUGUUGUCUUCCCGUGUGCAGUUCUUCAGUAUUUCAAAUGAGCCAAGAGCAGGUCUGUUAACAGUCAUAACACUCUUGGGCUGCGUGACAGAUACUAUUAUUCACUGAGACCAUGAACAAUUGCAGAGCCACCAGUGUCUGACUGAAAUAAUAGCUGUACCUACAGGAUCAUUUGUGAGGCACACAGCUGAGACAGGUACCAUUCAUCUCCCAGGAGCUGUUUCAGAACACUUAGCAUCUCUGCGUAAGGAAAGCAUCUCUAACUACUAGAUAUUGCUGAUUACCAAAAAUUAGUAGGUAACUGUUUGAUUAAAAAUCUCUCUACUGAAGUCUGUAUUCAAUGUAGCAAGCCCUGUAAUAGCACUGAAGGAGAAAAAGAGGUGGGAAGAGAAAGGUUAUGUUUUCUUGUUCAUUGUCUGGAUGAGCUUCGUAAGAGUCCCUUCUCUGUUUUUGUGUGACACAGUAAGCGGGCAAGAUUAUUUAUGGCUUCUCUGACUGACUGACUGACUUUGUCUGUCCUCGUUCCCACUUUUGUAGUCUUUCAUACUGAAUAUCGAGGUUCUGUCGUCUUGCCUCACUUACAAAACCCUCAUCCGAAGGGAUGGCUCCACAACUGAGCUGUCAUUCUCUGUAAGACCAUCAUGAAGUAUGAUCUUCAGUCCCUCCCCGCCCCCCCUGGUUUUUGAACAGCUCCUGUUGUGUUAUUUGACUACAAUUUGUCCCUGUUUUUAGGAUGUUGAUGGAGACAUACUGUUAUAUAUUGCAUAUAAAAUGAGUGCACUUUUCACAUCACAAGGGCGAAGCGUAGUGAAGAUAGUUGAACUGAGGCAAUGAAAAAAAAGUUGAACUUUUUCUCUCCUUAAAGACUGUUCAGCCUGUUCAAUGCAAGUCCAACAAGGCUGAUGGGUAAACCGCAGAAUUAAGUGGCAAUGUUCACAGCCCCAGCCUCAGCUCUGAAUUAGGCACUUCAGACAGAUUUAUAGAAAUCAGCAUGCCGUGCAGGAAACCCCUCUCUGAGAACUAUUCAAACAUUCCAUGUGAUUCUUCUGAAUUGCAGAAAAUAUGCAGGUGCACUGUUUCUUUUCAUGAAGGCUAUAACAUUAUGCAGAGAUUAAGAUUAUUAAAGACAUAUCUAAUGGAGCAAAGUAGUAAAGCCAGAUUUAUAGAUGGAAGUAUUUAUUUGUCAGACAUACUAGAGAACAAGUUAUACUCACUAGUUGUACUAAACAUAAAAAUGUAAUCAUAUGUUCAAAUCAAACGCAAGAACAACUUCUGAUGAGAAGACGCAAACCUUUCAUCCUAUUGCCUGUGGUGAUCAUCAGCAGAGGGUUAUAAGCACAUCAUUGAAAGCAAUUCAGAUAACAAGGUUUAAUGAGUUCCUUCGUUACAUCUGGCAACAAACUAGGAUCAGGCUCAGCCAAUAAAACAAAUUUGCUUAAGCUACUUUGUGGAUACCCAGCCUUUGCUAUGUUUUAAGCAAUCAUGUUUUAUUUCACAGAUAUGGAAAUCUAACAGAAUCUACGUUGUUUGUUUUUAUAGCUCAAAUAGUGACUUAAGCUUGAUUGACUCAGUAUGACAGAAGUCAUAUACCUGUAACUUAAUGCAUGCCAUUUUAGUUAUUGUGAUUGAAGUAAUUUAAACUAUAAUCUUUUCUUGUUUUCUAAAUUUCCUUUCAGUUCAGCUUUCUUGUCAGCUAUGUUUUCUAUGUAAUCUGUAAGUAAAGAUAACACAUUUGCCAAAUUAUGUGUAUUCUUUACAGAGAGACAUUAGUACUGUAAAUUUAAUCAGCAUAAGCAUUUACAUUUUUUUUCACUGUAAUUGUAGGUGCUAUUUGUCAAUGUAAGCCAAAUAUUUGUGUGGAUUUUUCAAGACUUGAUCAAUAUUCGGUGCAGAAAUUUUGCUGAACUGAAAGGAGAGAAGAAUGUAGGGAGAUACCAUUUCUGCUGUCAAAAGGAGCUUACUGAGUUAGUUGGUGUGUUUGUAAAAGCUGAAAAGAAAAUAUGGCUUCAUGCCGUUCUUGUUAGUUCUGUCAUGCUGGUUAGUAUGAGCAGUAAUGGUACUGUGCUUUAUUUCUUAUCUAUUAUUGAGACAAUUGGAUCUUAGAAUCAGGAAAGAAUUCAAAUCUAUUGACUUUGAAACCGUAGAGCAUGCUGCCAUAGUGACAUUUUGAAGACCUAGAUGUUGAUGUGUUGUAUACAGAAAAAAGCACAUGUAUUUUGUUACUUUUUGUUUUAACCUACAUUAGGUUAGUAGUUUCACUUUUUUCCAUGGUACUAAUUUGUCAUAUCAACAUGUUUCAGUUUGUAAUGUAAUACACCUUGUCAAGCAUACAAGUAUCAAAAUUAGCAGAGGUUUUAUUCCUCUUUAACAGACGUUUAUACACUUCCUAGUACUUUUAAACUCUCUUCAGCAAAGAGUAUCUUAAUCUCACUGCUCCUUCUGCUGUAAGCAUUCAUGUUCAGCUGUCCCAUUUGUUUUAAAAUAAAUUCUCUGAAAUGUU